AGGGACAUCAGGAUCUAAGUCAUCUUGCUUCGCCGGUCAACUCUUCGUUUCCGUACACCAUUAAAGGGAUCCAAGCCAUCUUGGUUCGCGGGUCAAUUCUUCGUUCCGGACGCCAUUACCUUGUAAAAUCCUGUUAAUUAGGAUAACUUAUUCGGUUAUAAGUACCCGAUUAGUGUCCUGAGUUCGUCGUCCCGGGGAAAAUGACUGACCUUGGGGCGCCGAUGAAUAUGAAGAGGAAGGAUGUUGAGGUGGUGGCCAGCCAUGGCUUCUCCAUCUUUCUUGAUCCCAAGAGGAUCAAACUACAGCUGCUGCCUCCAAAUGGUAUGGAUGGCGUGAUUCUCGACAUGAUGGAAGAUGAUGAACCAGUAGCACAUGCUCCUCUAACUGCUACUGCUAGUGUGCCAACCAUUGUCCAUGACAAGGUGAACAUUGUAUCUGGGGGCAAAUCUUCAGAGCCACCACUCAAGUUCAGCGAAGAACAGAACACCGCUGCAGCGACACCGAUGGACGUUGAGGCAGAAGUCCAGCAGCACCAGCCGUGCCGGAAUGCUCCAUUCUUUUCGGGUUUCUUCUGACUUCCGAGUGGCACUCUACUGAAUAUUGUGGUGUAAGCGUGUGGCCAGCAUAUAGAUUGAAAAUGUCUGUUUCAUGCAGUGUAAUGCUAAUCUUUAGUACCACCUGGGCUAGUAAAUGUUGUUAAUGUA